AGCAACAUCUGAUAGGGGGGAAAAUCUGAACGGCGGCAGCCGCCGCCAUAUUGCAGAGCUGUCAGCGGCUGCCGUGGUUGGCGCCUUGUCCCCGGCGGCGUCGCGAGCAGUACGGGGCGGCCCCGCAGCGCUUCCUGCCCCGCUGCGAGGGGGCAGUUGCGCGGCGGGGGGGUGGGGUGGAACGACGGACGCCGCCCUGCCCCACGAAGAAGCGGAGAGCGCCUCGCUUAGCACCCCAUCCCGAGGUUUCGUCCUCCGCCCGACGCCGCGGGAGCGCCCAGCCCGCUCCCGGAGGAGCGCGCCCCAGAAGGGGACAAAUAGUUUGUAGAAGGCUUAAGUGGACAAGAGACUAAAGAAAACAAGAAAAAUGCCGAAACCGAUCAAUGUCAGAGUAACCACAAUGGAUGCAGAGUUGGAAUUUGCCAUCCAGCCCAAUACAACAGGCAAGCAGCUCUUUGAUCAGGUGGUGAAAACUGUUGGUCUUCGUGAAGUCUGGUUUUUUGGGCUACAGUAUGUGGACAGCAAAGGCUACUCAACUUGGCUGAAGCUAAAUAAGAAGGUAACACAGCAAGACGUAAGGAAAGAAAAUCCUUUGCAGUUCAAGUUCAGGGCCAAAUUUUUUCCAGAGGAUGUAUCUGAAGAAUUAAUUCAGGAAAUAACUCAGAGACUUUUCUUCCUGCAAGUCAAAGAAGCGAUCUUAAAUGAUGAAAUAUAUUGCCCACCAGAAACUGCAGUUCUUCUGGCUUCUUAUGCUGUCCAGUCCAAGUAUGGAGAUUACAGUAAGGAGAUACAUAAACUAGGCUACCUAGCCAAUGACAGACUUCUCCCUCAGCGAACUGAAUCCAUGCUCCUGGCAUGUUUUGGCAGCAAGAGAAGCAUUGCAGCAGAAAUUGUGUUAGAACAGCACAAACUGACAAAAGAACAGUGGGAAGAAAGAAUACAGAACUGGCAUGAAGAGCACAGGGGAAUGUUAAGGGAAGAUUCUAUGAUGGAAUACCUUAAGAUAGCACAAGACUUGGAAAUGUAUGGAGUCAACUAUUUUGAAAUAAAGAACAAAAAAGGAACUGAAUUGUGGCUAGGAGUUGAUGCUUUGGGCUUGAAUAUUUAUGAACAUGAUGAUAAGCUGACACCCAAGAUUGGUUUUCCUUGGAGUGAAAUAAGAAACAUCUCUUUUAACGACAAAAAAUUUGUCAUAAAGCCAAUUGACAAAAAGGCCCCUGAUUUUGUUUUUUAUGCACCCCGUCUGAGAAUUAACAAGCGAAUUUUGGCACUGUGUAUGGGAAAUCAUGAAUUGUACAUGAGAAGGAGGAAACCUGAUACAAUUGAAGUGCAACAGAUGAAGGCCCAAGCUAGAGAGGAGAAACAUCAGAAACAAUUGGAAAGGGCACAAUUAGAAAAUGAGAAGAAGAAAAGGGAGAUAGCAGAAAAGGAAAAGGAAAGAAUAGAGCGUGAAAAGGAAGAAUUAAUGGAACGCUUAAGACAAAUUGAGGAACAAACAAUGAAAGCUCAGAAAGAGCUAGAGGAACAGACUAGAAGAGCUCUAGAGCUGGAUCAAGAACGAAAGCGUGCAAAGGAGGAAGCAGAGCGCCUGGAAAAAGAGCGUCGAGCAGCUGAAGAAGCUAAAGCUGCUCUAGCCAAGCAGGCAGCUGAUCAAAUGAAGAACCAGGAGCAGCUAGCAGCAGAACUGGCUGAAUUCACUGCCAAGAUUGCACUUCUAGAGGAGGCCAAGAAAAAGAAAGAAGAGGAAGCCUCAGAAUGGCAGCACAAAGCUUUUGCAGCCCAAGAGGACUUGGAAAAGACCAAAGAAGAACUGAAAUCUGUGAUGUCUGCUCCUCCUCCACCUCCUCCCCCACCAGUUAUUCCCCCAACAGAGAAUGAACACGAUGAACAUGAUGAGAACAAUGCUGAAGCCAGCGCAGAACUGUCCUCUGAUGGUGUCAUGAAUCACAGGAGUGAGGAAGAACGGGUAACAGAAACACAGAAAAAUGAACGUGUUAAGAAACAGCUCCAGGCUUUAAGUUCUGAGUUGGCUCAAGCCAGAGAUGAAACCAAGAAAACACAAAACGAUGUCCUUCAUGCUGAGAAUGUUAAAGCAGGCCGUGAUAAAUACAAGACUCUUCGACAAAUCCGACAAGGCAAUACAAAGCAGCGUAUUGAUGAGUUUGAAGCAAUGUGAGAGCUGUUAUUUUGCAUAUAUGUUCCUCGUAAAGCUGAACCACCAACAGAGAAAAAAGCAGGCCUUUGCAGAUUUGAUGGAUUGCACCCCACUUUGCCAAAGCACUUAAUACCAGUUUGACUACAGUGGCUAGAAGAAAAAUUUAGGGGAAACUAUUCAACAGUCAGGCAGUUUGUCACACUGAGCUUUUUGGGGGGAGGGUGUGGAGAAUGAGAGCAGUUUGUUUUUGUUCCCCCCCCCAUCAUGUUUUCAGUUUCAUUUUCAUAAUUUUUUUCUUUAGAAACUGAUGUGAAGUAUAUAAUGACUGACAAGUGUAUGUAUUGCUUAAACAUUAAGAAAUAGAAAGAAGAAUGGAACUGAACCUAAACUGGAUAGGUACUAUUGCAGUAUGAAGUUUGGAAUUACAUUUUUCAAUGUGGCUACACUAUUAAGAAUUUGAUAUUGCUGACUUUCAGUUUUGUGUGUGGUUUUUGUUGUUUGUUUUUUUUUUCCCCCCAAGUGAAAUUCUUUGGUGUUUCAUGUCCUGUCAUCAUUGAUGGUUUUCUUUGCCUACCUGUUCACAAAGGUCUGGAUGGCAGGUGGUAGUUCCAGGAAAUAUUUUUAAAUGGAACACUACCUGUGGGCAGCACAUGGCUGCUGAUAGGCUUGAAUAAGUGUUGCUUUUCCUAGGUGAUUCUUCUAGAUGCGCAAAAUGUUCUAAUACAGCAAAGGAAACAAAAACAAAGCUUCAUGUGCUAUUUGCUUGUAAUUAUUUUAUUUGCAGUAGGGAGACCUGGACCUUUCUGGCAAGGGAGCAUAUGAAAACAUCAGUCCCAGGGAGGGGACAGUAUCCUACCUCACUACUAUAUACAUGAUGACUGGUCCUUCAAACACCAUGAAAAAAACUGUUUAAAUUUACUAUCACUACACAGUGAUAUCAUAGAAUGUUAGGAGCCCUUACUCCUAGGAUUUUGUUUUACUUUAAGAUGGAUUUAUAGUGCUAAAUACUGUCUAACUGCCUUUUGUUGAGUUUAAAUUGUAAAAGCAUGUUGUGUGUUUUGAAGCUGUAACCUGUCACUGGUAUACUAUCUCCUGCGAGGGGUGUAGAAUGUGCGUGUGAGUUUGGCUUUGGGUUUCCAAAUACAAAAUGAAAGUUCCCAGAAUUGGAGUCAAAGUGUUUGUAGCUUCAGUUUUCAGUGAAGCUCGUAUUGUAAUUGUCAUAUCUGAUGUCAGAUCACUGUUAAGUCCUUUCCCUCUUGAAAAGGAGACCUGCUUUUUUGAUAAAUUUGCUUAGAAAUUGAACUAUAGAAAUUACUUUAAUGUGGACUGCAGUUAUUCCUUCUGUUGUAGUACCCUAGUAAAUACCUACAGUGGAAGAACCCUGCUUUCUCUGAGGAUGGUUCAGCUCUUUUCUGUUUGAUAUUAUGCACUCAUAAAUUUACACUUAUCUAUUAAAAUUUGCCAUUUUAUUAAACAUUUUUUCAUGCACAAUAGGUUUAAAUUUCUUAUGAACAGUCCAACUAAGUUUUUUUGGGGGGUUCUUUUUUUUUUAUUUUGCAGAAUUAAAGGUUGGCUAUGUGGGGUGACAUCAUGAAAAUAAAAUAAAGAUACAUUAAUAUAUUUUUGGUUUGUGGGGCUAAACAUAUCUGUUUGACCUUGAAGACUGAUGUGCAGAUGGUGUGCACAUGCUUCAAAAUGCUGCUUGGUGGAAGUUGGUGUUUCUACUUGCAGUGCAUUGUAAGAACAGUUUUUGUUUUGCAGGCUUCAUACACUGAAGCUUAAGCAAAUUUCUGAAGUAUUCGAACAGUUUGCCAUAGCAGGUGAAAUACUGUGCUUCCAAUGAGUUUUCUCUUUUUUUUUUUUUUUUUUUUUCCCCCCUGGAAAGUGCGCACUAACACUGAUACAUCAGUUUCAGUGUUGGGAAAAAAUACCAGUAAAGUUUGCUGUUCAUAAAUCUACAAUAUAUAGAGUAGGGCUAAAUGGAUUAGAUCCAUUUAUAAAGCUGUGUGAUUUUUUUUCUAAACAACCAGGAACAACAAUUUGUAAUAUGGAUUUUCACAAUGAACAAAGUGGUAAUAGCUGCUGUCACCAGCAGUUGGGAACACUUACUGGUGCGGAAAUACUAAGAAUACAUUUAAUGAUUACUUGGUGAAGUAAUUUUUCCACAUGCUUUUUUUCCUUUAGCAUCAUGUUUUGUGUUGUACAAUUAAGCUACAAUUACAUCUACUAUUUUGGAUAACAUUCAUUGGUUAACAAUAAAGAGAUACAGUUAAUUUCUCUGAGGUCCAUUGUUGUUAUUUAACGCACUUUUUUCUGACAGCUUUGCUAAAUGCACUGUAAUAGCCUUUUUCCAGAGCAGCGUACAAAUUUAGAUCAUCUUUUGUUUCAUACUCUGGUCAAAAUGAAAUUUAAAAGAAUAUAUUUUCAAAUUGUAUCCCUAGAGAAUGGUACUCUGCUUAAGAAAUUACCACAUACAGUUUGGAGGAAGCACUGGUGAUUGUCAAUUCAAAACAGGAUGUGAAUCAUCAGAGCAAAUUGGCUUUUGUGAGAAGAGAGGCUAAUUUGGCCACAUAAGAGCUCUAUGGGUAACACAAGAACUUUCAAUCACUGCCUACAUAUUGCUUAGCCCCAGGUUAAGUGAAAUUUAGUCUAAUAGGUCAAUGUCUUAAGCGUUGAGAAACUUUGAUGUGUUUUUUUGAUACUGCACACUAUAGUGGCCAGUGCUGUCAAAUACAUGCAUGGCCAUAUGCUUUAGAUAAGGGCAAGUUUAUGGGCUUUUUCACCUAAUACACUUGGAGACGGGCAGGAACAGUCCCAUAUAACUAGGUACACAAAUUAAUCUGCUAAGCAGCUCUCAUAUCAAUUAGAUCUCUCAGGUGACAUUCCAUUCUAUCUUGUGUUUGUUUGGCCUUGCACUCAGGACAAGCACGUGGCCCUUUUUGUUACUCCAUGUGGCAGAAUCACUUUGAAUUAAAAGGUGUGUACUUGAUACUUUCUACCAUGCGUAUUUCUAGUUUUAUACUUCUCUCUUCUUGGAGCCCCUCAUGCUGAAGCAUUAGAUUUGAGGUUUCUCAUUUGUUAGAGAGCUUCUGUAUGGGUAUGUAACUUCAGAAUGUUGUGCUUGAAAGGGGAGGUAAGUGCUUUGAAAGGGUUUUAGUUUGUUUUUUUUUAAAUAUGGUCUUGAGGUAGAGAGAAAAGGAUACAAAAAUACUGAGGAAGAGAAGGAUGAUGCCCACGUAGCUCAUAGCUUAGGGAAAGACUAAGUUAGCAAAGGGAAAUGGAGCAUUUGGAAUUGCUAGGAUUCCAUUAGAUGUUUAUGUUGGCUUUUGUCAAUAACAUGUCAGAGUGUUUCUGUUCACAGCAGUAGGCUUUAGGCAGCAGAAGAAAGGAGGGGAUAUGGAAAUGUACAUCAAAGGAGGCGGCCUGGUUGGUGCAAAUAUUCCUAAGAGUUAAUGUUCCCUGUGCUCUGGAUAAGUGGAUCAGGUGAAAAGAGAUCAAGCUCAGAGGUAGGACAAUUGCGAUGCUGCUUUUUGCUUGUUGGGGGGGUGGUGGUGUUUGCUUUUAAACAACCUUAUUUACAUGAGAGGAGUUGCCAUUAUCUGAAUGUUUAGCUGAAGGCUUUUAGAAAGCCUUGCCCAGCACUAAAAGGUCUUGGACUUGUUAAGGCCAUGUGAACCCAGACUGGUCUCUGUAUUACAGCUCACUAAAUUUCAGCAGAAGACAUCUUCCGCAGCCUGAUAAUUUUGCCUUAGAGCAUUUCUGCCUUGACAAGAUAAGAGCUGUGUACACGCACAGUUCUAGGUGCCCUGUUGCUUGUUCCAGCAACGCGAAACCCACAUGUACCAUGUGAAACAGUAAUCGCAUGACAGGCUCCGUGAGCACAUAUGCCAAACUCUGCAGGAUCUCAUAUCAAGUCUACAGCUCCCUGUGGCCUCAGCUUUCACGCUUCUUAAUCACCGUUGAUUUCUUCAUUAAACUUGAUACAGUAUUAACUUCUUAAUCUAUAACUUCAAUAAUAUUCUACUAAACUGAGCUUCCAGUAAAUGGUUCGCUACUGUGUCAAAUGUUUUCUUAAAAUAUAUUAUACUGAUGAGUUGAAAUAGUCUAGCUUUACUUUUAUUUAAGGAGUACUUCUGAUUAAUUAAUAAACUCUAUGAAUAUGGUAAUUGCAGUCCUAUUGCCAGAGAGAGACUCAUUUGCAUCGCGGCUGAAGCCGAAAACUUUUCUGCCAAGUGCACUUCGAUCUUCAGCAGAGUAAGUUGAGAACAUGUAGGUAACAUCCAGAACACAUGGACCAGUCUGUCCCGCCACUGCCUUUAUUACUGGGAACAAAUUUGUUUACAUUUGAGUGAGCAGAUUCAAUGUUUGGGUAUUUCGGACAGCACAACAAGCUUGUUCACACAUUGGAAAAACUUCUAAAAAUGAUAAGAAAUCUUCGUAUCGCUAAUCUGCACUUCUGCUGUACAUUUCCUGUCCUUGAUAGUUUUUCUUCAGUUUAAUUCACGUUUUGAAUUCCUGGAUCUCUUCUCUUGUGAACAGUGUUUCAGGCAUCUGUCUUGCUGCUCAGUGCCAGUUGUACUUCUCCGUACCAUCUGAAAACACAGUUCUUCCUCUUUCUUCCUUUGCAUUUGGGAUCUUAUUGUGGUGUUUUCAACAAAGCUGGCUAACUCAUCAUAUUUAAAUUCAGAACUUUCACUGCUACUCUUGGAACAAUCUCUGGAUUAUUUUUGGCUACACAUUCUUUUAUCAGGCAUGCAUGUUAUAUGCCACCUUAUAGAAGAAAUAACAGUAUUGACUAGUUAGUAAUUGCUGGUAGCAUUCUGGCAAACAGAAGAGGUCAGAAAAAAAGUAUGUUAAUGCAUGCAGAAAACCGGGGAAGAUCUGAAUCACAGUGUUUGUACCCACGAGGUUCAACUUUGGGCUUAGCCCUAGUCACGCACACGAGGGAGCACGUGGGAGAGAGAUUCUGAGCUUUUGAGUAGCCGAUCUGGCUGGCUGGGCUACGCAAGAGAAAGCACCGGAAUAGGAUGGAUAUGCCUGCUCUAACAGCAGAGCAGUCAGACACAAUUGCAUGGUGCUAUGGCUUUGCUUUUCUGCACAACAAUUGUCCUGGAUGUAAAAAUGCUAAAACAAACCAACCAACCAACCCAAAAAAACCCCAACAAAUCAUGAAAUAGUUGAUUUUUUUUUUUUUUUUCCCAGUGGAUCCUUAUUUAAAAGAGUUAUGGUUAUAUUCCUGACUGGCUUCAUCUGCAGGUCACCCUGGUAAAAGCUGAAGUCCUCAUAGCGCAAGAGCAGAUGUCUUUGAGGAGUUAGCCACCCAUCUGCGCUGACUUUAAAAAGCAGUGGCAGGUGUGGAGUCUUCUCUGGAGAUAUUCAAAACCCUUAUCCUGUGCACGAUCCUGUGCAACCUGCUCUAGGUGAUCCUGCUCUAGCAGGGAGGUUGGACUAGAUGAUCUCCAGAGGUCCCUUCCAACUCCUGCCAAUCUGUGAAUCUGUGUGGGGGGGAAGAUCUCUUACCUGUCUCUGUUCACUUUUAUAUAAGGCCAUGAAAAUAAACUCUGGAGAACCUUCUUUCUAGCCGUGGCUUCUGCAUGCUUUGGGUGGCCCUUCUCAUAUGUGUUUCUCCCAAUCUUUGAACCAGUUCUUACUUCUCACCUUGCUUUUACUGCUGUUAUAUUGUAAUUAUUUUUGUCCUUGCUAGUGUGUCAUGCCAUUUAUUUCAUCUGAAGAAUAGUUUUCAGUUUAGAUCAUUGAGAGCUUUAAUGUAAUUACUUUGUUUCAGUAUGAGAAUGCAAAUUAAGACAGGGAAGGAAGAUGUUGCGUAAGGGUUAGUUUAAAAACAUGUGGAAGGGGGGGAAGUUUAAACCCUAAGACUUACCGAAAGAAAUACAGUGCAUUACCUGACUACUUAGACUACAGGGUGAAAACAAGAGGCAGACAGCUACGUAUGGCAAGGCAGACUUUUCCUCAAACUGAAUUUAUGGUAGCAAAGUAGUUUUGCUGAAAUUCACCAGGCUUUUUAUAUAUUUAUUUAUUGGUAUUUGCUGGAUUCUUUAGAGAGCACUGGAGAAGAGAAUACUGUAUAUUUUUUUCUUCAGUUAUAUUUCCUUUAAUUACUCUUCUUGUGGCUUAUUCUGUCAAUUUAAGACUAAAAGUGCUUUCUUUUCCUCCCCAGUGAUUUUUGUAAAAUUGUGUUUUGCCUAUGAUACUGCAACUAGCUUUGCAAUCUGGAGCUUAAUGGAUGAAACUAUUUUCUGAGGGAAAGGUUACAAAAGUACGAUCUCUUGCAGCCCUUAGGAUAGGAACAAGGUAAAGAUCAGCAGAAGACCUGGGCUCUGCCAAGGCCUGCCAUUGCGCUCCUGUAAAUCUGGAGAGUUUACAGCGCUUUAAAUUAGGUGCUGCCUGGUCCGUGAAGAGUUUUCUGGAAGGACCAGAAAGUGCUGUUACGACAUUUCGUUAAUGUUUGAUUCUCUCAUGGUCUCUCUAAAUCUUUCCUUUGUUGUCUUUUCCCAGGAGAAAAUUAGCUUUUUGAAGUAUUUAAGCUGUUGUUCUUCCCAGAAAAACAGGAAAUAACACUAAUACGUUAAUCUUUAACAUGUAAUGGGACGUGUUAGAGUGAACGGUGAUGUGACCCUUCAGAGCGCUCGGGGAUCUUGUAGGCUUUGCCCACAAAAUGAUGUUGUGUGGGAAGCCUGACUCUCUAUCCAGGUCAAGUGAAAUAGGAGUAGAUACUUUCCAAGUUUUAUUGGUUUUCUACACAAUUUCUAAUAACCUCGAUGAUACAUGAAUAGCGUCAGAUAAUUUUCUAAUGUAAACCUCCCAAUUUAAUAUGUCUGUACAUACAUUUCCAGUGUAAGCACCCGUUGCUACUUGCCUUUCUGUACGCUAUUAGGAUGUGCAUACUGUGUAUACGUAACUGCAUUGAAUUGUGCACCCUGCACAAACGCCUGAAUAAAUGGG